UAAAAUACAUAAACAAAUAAAGAAAACUUCGAAAGAAGGAGCACGGAAAUACCCUUGUCCCCGUCCUCGCGAGCUCCGGGAGCUGGAAUUUCGACGACACUGGCCGCCGACGGUGAGUUCAUCGAAAGCUUGAACGAUGGCGAGGAAGCCGAGUGCCUGUGCGUUGUGCGAGCAGUCCAAUCUUGCCUGCAUCUGCCCCGUUUGUGUCAAUCACAGGUUGAGUGAUUACAAUGCGAGGUUGAAGCCUUCGAGGAGUAAACGGGAUUCCCUGCACAAAAAACUGGCAGCAGAAUUGGUGGCUGGGAGAAAAGCCGCUGACCAGGUUAAUUGGAGAAUAGUCCAGGCAGAGAAACUGUCAAAGAUGAACCAACGGCUUCACUUCUUGAAGGAGAAACUCGCAAAAGAUAAGGCCAAAGUUGAAAAAGUGUCAAAUGAUUUGAAGAUUAAAAAUGAUGUUCUAGAUUCUGCUUUUGCGAUGUUAGAACAAAAACGUCUGGAUGUGUUGGAGAAGUAUUAUCCCAACUUCAUCUGCACCCAAAACUUGGGUCUUAUGGCAAUCACUUCUGAACGUCUACAUAAGCAGUCUGUGGUUGUGAAACAUAUCUGUAGAUUGUUUCCAAUGCAUCGAGUGAAUGCAGAUGGAGAGAAGAAUGAUGGUUAUGGUGGCUUGUAUGAUCAAAUAUGCUAUGCACGCUUGCCUAGGGGGCUUGAUCCGCAUUCUGUCCCAUCUGAAGAGCUUGCAGCCUCACUGGGGUACAUGGUCCAACUAUUGAAUCUUUUAGUCCCAAACCUGGCUGCUCCUGCUCUUCAUAAUGCAGGGUUUGCGGGUUCAUGUUCUCGUAUAUGGCAACGAGAUUCAUAUUGGGAUGCACGGCCAUCUUCACCAAGCAAGGAAUAUCCACUCUUUAUCCCACGCCAAAAUUUUUGCUCCUCUGGUGGUGACAAUUCAUGGUCAGACAGAGGAUGCAGUAACUUUGGCGUGGCCUCGGUGGAGUCUGAAAGGAGACCUUAUCUGGAUUCUUCUGGAGCCAAUAGCUUUAAUUAUUCUUCUGCAUCUCCCCACACUAUUGAGACUCACAAAGAAUUGCAAAAAGGAAUAUCAUUACUUAAGAAGAGUGUUGCAUGCAUUACUGCAUAUUGCUACAACUCCUUAGGUUUGGAUAUACCUGUGGAAGCAACUACUUUUGAAGCGUUUGCAAAGCUCCUGGCCACUCUAUCUUCUUCAAAAGAAAGGCACUCCGUGUUUUCAUUGAAGCAUGCACACGCAAGAUCAGACAAGCGAACGCAGAGGCUGAACAAAUCAGUUUGCCAUGCAAAUUCAGUAGUUUCAUCUAGUUUAGCAGGGAGCACGCAUAUCACCCCUAUCAGGCCAAAUGUUAUCAAUAACAACCUUUCAAACUCUACCGCAAGCUUCUUAUACUCCGCUGAUAUGGCCGGGUUGGGGAAAAUUGAAAGUCUUGUGGAGGAGUGGGAUCUAGUUGAGCAUCCUACCCUCCCACCUCCGCCAUCACAAGUUGAAGACACUGAACAUUGGACCCGUGCUAUGUUCACAGAUGCAACAAAGAAAUGAAAAUAAGACCAAUCUCUAAUUUGUUGAUGUACAUAUAUGUAAUUUCUUUCCAGUUCUGGCUGAUGGUCUCUCCAGUUUUAAUCCAAGCCUCACAUUCAUCAUUCCCAAACUAACAUGCAAUGUCAUUUUGAAGGCUAUUUGUUGUGCGUUGGUACUAAUGCUGGUGUAUUGGCCUAAUUGUACCAUGGUAAGGGUUCUUCAUUUCAUUUUGAGCAUGAAGGGAAAUGUUGAAUGCUUAACAACAUGGAGCUGUGGAUUUCGUUGAAAUGUUGACCAGUGUUUUAUUAA